AUGUGUCUCAGCUUGAAUCGAUACAUCGCAAUCAAACAUCCCGUCAGAUCAAAAACUUUAUGUAGAACAAGCAACGUGAUCAUCACCAUCGCGUCAGUAUGGGCGGCCAACCUUCUGAUCAUGAUACCUCUAGCGGUCUAUCGUGAACAUGUCAAACUUGAAGAUAUGAAGCAUAUUUUAGGACUGGAUAUUUACUAUUGCCUGGAAAACUGGGGCGAAGCCAACAGAAGACCCUAUUUUGACCUCUUCUUGUUCGUUUUAAUAAUUUUGGCACCGGUAAGCGUGGUACUGUAUUCAUAUUUUUCCACUGGUCACAGUUUGUUGAUGCGGGAUAUAUCGUUGCGGGACCAAGCCAACUCGUCCAACUCGCAGAAACGUAUUAUGGCCGGACGUCGACGCCUGGCAUUCAUGUUGAUGAUUAUCGGUCUCUUCUUCUUCGUUUCCUGGAUGCCAUUUGCCAUCUACAACUUGUAUCUUGAUUUCAUGCCGAGAAAUUCUACAACAGACUACCCCAGCAAUGUCAGUUACGUGAUGUUAGCUAUAGGACAUUCUCACAGCGCUCAAAACCCAGUGUUGUACUGCAUCAUGAACAGUCCUUUCAAACACCAGAUCUGCAGAAUGUUUAGCUGUCGUCGUAGUUCGAGCAGCCAAUCACAAAUGAUGGGAGAGUUUAGCACGAGACAGAUGGAGGAAAUGGCUGGAAACAAUCAUUCCAUGACGUCAGCCAACAACAACAGCAACUUCACCAACAACGACUUCAACAGAUCUUUCCGUAAAAGUAGGAAAUUAAAUUCUCCAGGAUAUCCGUCUUUCAUGAAUCAUUAUCAUUCGAGGUCUACUUCAUUUCGUGCUAACCAUUUGCAGCAAACUCAGCGAUCCUCCUCGUCAAGAACCACUGAAUCUCUUACACUUUCAGCUGAGAAGAAUGCGUCACCAGUUGAAAAUAAUUUGAAAACAAAUAAAAUAAAAAGAGUGAAUGGAGGCAACACAUCGUUCACAAUUUUUUCGGCUUUGGCUACCACAGUUGUGACAAUGAAACCAGGAAUAAAAGCUCUUCCAAAUUCUUUCUUGCCUAUUUUAAGUGAACUUAGUACAACGUUUAAUGAGAAUAAUGAAAAAAAUAAUAAUUUCAAUGGCCAAAAUUAUUUUUACGAUGAUGAUGAACAAAAUUUUAACGUAGCAAACCACGUUAUGGCAAACUACCAAUCAAAUAUAACGUCGUCUUUAUUAUUUUUUCCAUCAUUAAAUCAUCCGCUUUCACAGUCCGCUAUUAACAUGGUGGAGAUGAAUCAAGCUGCAAAUCUCUCACCAGCACUUGCAGCGUCAACUGACGACGUGCUGUCGGAGCAAAUAUCUCUCCCUCAAUCACCUCGCCCAGAACGAGCAGGAAAAAUUGCGAUUGAUAGACCAACUAAACACCUAGAAUUGCAUCCAACGAAUUUUUUAAAAUGCGAAAAAAAGCAAAUGUCAUUAUCAAUUUCUACACCACAAAUAAAAUUAUUUCAAUUAAAAGACCAACUGUUUUUCAAGACUAAAUCAUCAACGACAUCAUCUCUGUCAACAUCAUCAUUAUCAUCAUUGUUAUCAUCUCCUCCAGCACCAUCGUCACUUCCCAACACAAUAAUCACGACUAAAAAAGUAGUCGUAAACUCAAAAACCCUUGAUAUUCUGGAAUAUUCUUUAAAAAAACAUGAACUAGCUGAGAUGAUAAAUAACAAGGAUAUACUAAAAGUUAAAAUGCCUCAACACAUGGCAACAUGGUUUCAAUUAUAUUAUACUAGGAAUGUUAGCACAUAUGUGGAUGCUUAA